CGCCCGCCGACUUUGUCUCCCGGAGUCCCGUGUACCACCCGAGACAGCCGAGGGCGAUCCUAUGAAUCCUCGGUGGCGGUGCGGUUGACGUUUUCAAGAAACCGACCAACACCCAGCAUGGACCCUCCUGCCCAACCCUGGUCGAUCGAUUCUUGGAGACAAAAGCCGAUCGCACAAGCCAUCACUUAUCCACCAGAGACUUUGCCGAAACUCGAGAAUGUGAAAGCAAAGCUAAAACAGCUCCCAGGUCUGGUCACACCACACGAGAUCAUCAAAUUAAAGGAACGACUGAAACUGGUGGCGCGGGGCGAAGCAUUUCUUUUACACGGUGGCGAUUGUGCGGAACUGUUCGAGUACUGUAACCAUGAACAUAUCUCGGCCCGAGUCAAAUUACUCUUAAUGAUGUCCUUGAUCAUCAUCUGGGGGGCAAGGAUACCGGUGGUCAGGGUGGGCCGAAUAGCCGGCCAGUUCGCCAAGCCUCGCAGUCAACCCACCGAAACGAUCGAUGGUAAGGAAUACCCUAGUUUCCGGGGAGAUAUUGUCAACGGUUAUUCAUUGGCCGAACGUACGCCGGACCCUGAACGUCUUCUCUCAGCCUACUUUCACUCCUCAGCAAUCAUCAACCACAUCCGAGGAUUAUUAGCAUCCGGCCUGGCCAAUCUUCAACAACCUUCAGCCUGGUCAUUCGCACACGUUAGGUCGCCGAGCUUGCAGGCGAAAUUCCAAGACAUCGUUGAGCGUUUGGAGGACUCAUUGGAUUUCAUGAGGACGAUUGGGGCCAAUGCACAGUCUGAAGGCACCUUGGGCAUCUUGGACACCGUCGAGAUCUGGACUAGUCAUGAGGCUCUUUUGUUGGAGUACGAGGAAGCCUUGACACGAACAGUCCAGCCUGCGAGAUCAGUCCGAGCCCGAAAGAUCAGCUCGAUGGCGGCGGGAUCUGCGCCCUCGAUCAAAGAGACCGCCGCCCCUCAAUCGACGGCCCCGUCUAGUAAGAAUCCAAACUCGUCCCAUGAAUCUCAUUCGCCCAGCUACGAUCUUUCGGCACACUUAGUAUGGGUUGGUGAACGGACGAGACAGUUGGACCAUGCUCAUUUGGAAUUUUUACGCGGGAUUGCGAACCCAGUUGGUGUCAAACUAGGGCCCAAGACAACCCCAGAAGAGUUGAUCGGGAUCCUCGACAUCCUUAAUCCGAGUUAUGAGGAAGGAAAAAUCUUAUUGAUCUGUCGGUUCGGGGCAAAUCAUGUCGAGCGAUGCUUACCUGCCUGCAUCAAGGCUGUUCAAAACUCCAAGCAUCAUUCUUCAAUCUUUUGUUGCGAUCCGAUGCAUGGCAAUACCAAAACUGCAGAAGGCGUGUCAGGUAUCAAGACUCGGUACCUGAGUGAUGUGGUUACUGAACUAUCGAAAUCGAUUCAGAUUCAUGCCGAGAAUGGUUCAAGGUUAAGCGGCGUUCACUUGGAAAUGACGGGUGAACUGGAUGAAGAAGGAUACUCGGUUACCGAAUGCUUGGGUGGAAGCAUGAACCUACAAACGCAACACUUAUCACUGAAUUACCAGACUCAUUGCGAUCCUCGACUGAAUUAUGAGCAAUCCUUGGAUAUUGCCUUCCUGAUUGCUAAUCAAUUCCAAGGAUUGAGGGAUAAUCCUAUUAUCAAGCAAGAAUCAAUUCUACCUGAUUUGAAUUAGUAUAGACCUAAUCCACGUGGAAAAAGCUAUUUUUUUUCUGAAUAAGAAUGAAGUUCCUCGUCAUUUGAGGCUUUUUUAUAGGAACAGAUAAUGGCAAAGGUGAUAGUGCAGUCAAUUCUGUCUUCAAGCACAGAAAACUUGUGACUCCUUGAAUGUUAGAAUGAUAUCACUCCUAGUCAUUAUGAUUAUCUAAUGUAUUCUAUGGGCUUC